GCGGCUUCUCCCAGCCCGGGCACUUAACAAAGGGAUUUUUUCACGGGGAUACGCCUGGCAUUCUCCGGAGGCUUCUUCCGCCCGUAGGAAGUGCACUCGGCGGCGCGGUGUCGAAUUCGGCAUUGUUUCGUAUCGCUUUUUUCUCGGACGUGUUCGGCUUCGACGCGCGACGAUUCUAGCGGCGCCUGCUAGGCUAGCAAGCCGAUAUACACCGUGCGCUUGUAGGGGGGGCAAUUAUGACAUUUUUACUAACCACAUGCACCUGGCCGGACUCGAUGCGAUCAUUUCGGACAAACCCCCGUUUGCUUUGCCGCCGUACGUGCAUGCAUGCAUGCAGCUUUGAUUAACGCUCCAAAAAAAAAAAAAUCUCCCUUAAUGCCAAAAAGACAAGCCAAACAGACCGCGGACGACGGCUACUGGGACUGUAGCGUCUGCACCUUUAGGAACACAGCCGAGGCUUUUAAAUGCAGCAUCUGCGAUGUGAGGAAGGGCACAUCAACAAGGAAACCCAGGAUCAACUCCCAGCUGGUCGCCCAGCAGGUGGCGCAGCAGUACCCCAUGCCUCCGCCGCCCAAAAAGGAGCGACGGGAGCGGAGCGAGCGCACGGACCGGGAGCGGCCAGACGGGGAAGGAGAGCCCGCCAUGGUGGAGGGUCGUCCCGAAGUUGAGCGCCCGGAGAUCGUAAGGCCCGAAGUAGACACGCCCGAGAAGGACAGCAGUGACAAGGAACAGCCGGCACAAGACAAAGCGGACAGAGAGAAAGACAUCAGCCCGGCCAUCACAAAGAAGCCCAGCAUCAAAAAGAGCAGACCCAAAUCAGACACCCACCAGAGUCCGCCUAGCGACAAGCAAAGCAUACAGUCUGGCAAAUCCGUAACCAAAACCAACAAGAAUAAUCACAUUUCCAGGCCUAAACUGAAAAACAUCGACCGGAGCACAGCCCAGCAGCUGGCCAUCACCGUGGGCAACGUGACGGUGAUCAUCACAGACUUUAAGGAGAAGAGCCGCUCCUCGUCCACGUCCUCGUCCACCAUCACGUCGAGCGCGGGCUCCGAACAGCAGCACCAGAGCUCCGGCUCCGAGAGUAUGGACAAGGGCUCGUCGCGUGCCUCCACGCCCAAAGGAGAUCUCUCUGUGGGACACGACGAGUCCUUCUGAGGACCCCCCCCUCACCACCACCACACUUCUCCCUUUACCACACCCACCGCGCCCCCUUUUCCCCCACCACUUUGUUUCCGGACACUACGGAUCCCAGAAGGAGAGAGACUUCCUCUCCUCUCCGCGGCCGCUCUGCCUCCAUCCCAUGACCACCCUGGAUGCUGUGGGAGGACACACGAACUCCGCCAGUGGACGAGGACAAGCAGAGCCCACGCCGGGGUCCAGACACUUGUAUGUAUUGUUUUAUAUUUCAACGUGGACAAUCUUUGUUUUGUUUUUGUCAAGAACUAUUUCCCGCCGGGCACAAUAACCACCAUCUUCUUCUUCCCCUUAUUUAUUACCUUGUUGCACCUCUUUGAUCAUUUCUUCUCUUUUUUUAUGUUGAAGCUUUGCUGUGUCGCUCUACCGACCAAUUUUUUUUAAAAUUGCAGUUGGAAAACGAUGCCACACACACACACACUCACACACACACACACAAAGGUGCUAGAUACACUGUGAAAGGUUUGCAGAUCGCGCAACGUGACGACGGGCAAAGUCGUCGCACCCUUUUUCGUAACGACGCCCGUGAUGGCGCGUCGUCACCCUAAGUCCGACUUUCCACCACAUUUGUCUAUAAUCCUAUACAGUAUUGUGUGUCCUUAACUGUACAGUGUAGGCUGUUGUGUAAAACACUAAAAAGCUGUCGAUAUUUUUCCCUCCAUUCCGUAUUGAAAACUUUUUCCGGCCAAAAGUCGGGAGUUUAUCUCGAAGGACGCUCGCACGCUCUUCCCGCUUGGUGAAACCAUACGGAGCAGCCGUUUCAUUUCUGUGGUAAACGCCUGCAAAUGUAGUGCAAAAAUGUUUUUUUUUUUAUAUAUAUGAUCAAAUUGCAAUUUAAAGACUCCAGUCAUUGAAGGUAAAACUAUCGCUGUGGUCAAUAAAACACAAAUGCUCUUUUCAUUUUUAUUGGAUUUUUUUUUUAAUUUUUUUUAUAACCACGUGUCGCUUAUUUAAAAGGUUUCUAAUCCACCUUAGCUAAUAAUACUAGAACAACCUACUUUCCCCCCUUUUUAACUGUGUGGAAAUUGUAUAAAGAAUAAAUGUGUAUAUGAUAUCUUAGUUUUAUUUAUUGAAGGACCAAAGGAAUUUCAUAUUGACCUACAUAGAUAAAUAACAAUUUGAAAUGCAAUUACCGCAACUAUCUAAUGUUUGAGUUGAAUAAAUAAAGACUAAUAUAAUCCUUGUAAAUGGUGUUCUCCUUCUUCCCUCGUGCUUCGUUACGUGAGGCCAGAGGGCACGAUUUACUUUGAUAAUCGUAUUUCUCUUUUUUUGUUGUUUCCUGUGGAUGAAAUUAGGGCUGCAACAACUAAUCGAUUAUAAAAAUAGUUGGUGAUUAAUUUAGUCAUCGGCUGUGCUUUUUUUUUUUUUUUUUUUAAUAAACCUUUAUUUAUAAACUGCAACAUUUACAAACAGCUGAGAAACAAUAAUCCAAAUAAGUAUGGUGCCAGUAUGCUGUUUUUUUCCCAAUAAAAUACUGGAAAGGAUAGAAAUGUAGUUUCUCUUUUAUCCGAUUAUUAACCGAUUAAUCGAAGUAAUAAUCGACAGAUUAAUCGAUUUUCAAAUGAGUUGUUAGUUGCAGCCCUAGAUGAAAUGUAAUCACGUACUUUGAGUACAACUAUGCUAUCAGUGUUGGAGGCGGGGGGAGAGGGUCAAGCGAUGACUUUUUACACACAAAAAAAGCACCCAGUUUUGUAUCGAAAGUGGUCCCCAGAAGCCAUGUUUUUCUUUUCACCUGCCUUAUCUGCAACAUGCAAGUGAAAGGGGUUUGCGUUCUAUUACUGAGAAAAUUUGCGGAGUAUCUAACGUGUACAUAGUUUGAAAACAAACACUAUCAAACGGCACCGAAGCUUGGAAGUCAUUCUUUUUUUUUUUUGUUCCCCGUUUUUUUAUUUCCUUUUCCGCGCAAGCAGUUCUGUUCUUGUGUGCGACCAGUAACCUUAAUUUACUGUGUAAAGAUGGUUACAUUUUUUUAGCUUGUUUUUUGUCAAAGACCCAAAUAUAGAUUGCUUGUUUACCGACUGUAUAUCUUUAACCGUGAAUUUACAACUCCGUGUAUUAUACGAAUAAUUCUUCCUAUGAGAUGUCUUGUACUACGCUUUUAAGGCUUAUUGUUCCGUUGCAAAAAAAAAAAAAAUGAAAAAAAAAAAAAUGUGGGAAAUAAUGUCAGACAUAACAAUCCAUAAUUUCUUUUUAAGUCGUUUUGUUUUGUUGAACUUCUAGCUGUCAUUUGUGGUCACAUUUUGAGUUUUCUGGUGUGGAAAUGUAACAGAAACGUAGCAUUUUCAGCACAUUGCGGCUUCUGAUGUUCCUGGCAUGUGCACGACUUUUGCGCUGAUAGGCUAAACUGCUCAUUUUUUCCUUCUCGCUUCAAAUAGAAAUGUCUAUUUAUGAAUUUUGCUUGUAGUUUUUCACAAAUAAAAUUGUUGAAGUUAUCUAA